AUGACAUCUGCACCUACCUCACCCACUAUUAUCUGGCCAGAGAAGUUCCUUCCUGGCACGACGGACAACUUUGUUAGCAAUGAGACAAUUGUGAAAGGGCUCUCCGCAGCAGACAUCUGGAAGUACCUCGCCGACAUCACCAAGUGGGAGUCAUACUACUGGAACUGCUCUGAAAUCACACCUCCAGAAUCUGGACCAUUCUUGGAGAAAGGCGACAAGUUCAGCUUCUCAACUUUUGGGUUCCCGCCGUUGCCUUCCGAGGUCUAUGAAUCAGUCAAGCCUUCAAAGACGGAGGUUGGCCGUAUUGCUUGGCGAGCCAUCUCUGAUGGAGACGGCGAUGAGGACAAGGCUGUUGAUGUCUACCAUGCUUGGGUCAUUGAGGACCUCGAUCAUGACCGUGUCAGGAUCCUGACGCAAGAGUCGCAGAUUGGCAAGCCGGCUGCUGAGUUGUCGACCAAGAAGCCCAACCCUAUGUUGAAUGGACAUCAGGACUGGCUAGAUGGCCUUGUCAAGGCUGCGAGAGAAGGAAAGUAG